AUGAACGUGUUCGACGAGAAGAGCGGUCGCAUCGCCCUCUACACCUCACCAGGGGCCAAAGAGGGUGCCACAAUCGCGAUUCUGAUUGAGCUCCUGAAACAACCCCAUUGCAUCCACCUCGUCCACACAGUCCAAGACAUCAAACACGACGAUGCGAGCGCCUAUACCAGUCUCCCCGUCAUCUUCGACGUAACCAGCGAAGGCAAAAAGACCAGCGCGUCCGGCUUGACCGAUAUCACCCGCUACCUUCUCAGCAAAUACGACCCCGAGAACCAUUUUUCGUACAAGGAGGGGUCCAAGGAAGCCGAGGAGGUGGACCACUGGAUUGCGUUCCUGACGAAGACGAUCCACGGCGACAAUGCGGACGAGUCGUUCACGCGUAAGGCGCUGCGGCUGUAUUUGCACCUCGAGGAGCAUCUGCAGAAGACGCGGUACCAGUACCUGGUCGGGAGAAAGUGUACACUGGCCGAUCUGGUGAUUUUCCCGUAUGUUGCGGGUGCUAGCGAGGCGAACCUGGAUCUCGAGCGAUUCCCCGAGCUGACGAGCUGGCAUGAUCGACUGGUCCGGCAGCCUCAUGUGGUCAAGGGCAUGAAGGACGUAUAUCUGGAGACGUAG